AUUUAAAGCAAUAUAUCAUAUUAGAUACCUAGGAACAAUCUUCGUAACUAUGCUGACAGCUUUCACAAUGGAAUAUUUGGCAUCGUUGAGGAAAGACAUUUCCAAGUACGGUAGCACCAGUAGCACUAUUGUCUUCGCGAGCCUUUGCACUUGAACGUAUGGAGAACAAGAGAAAAAGAGCACAUAUGUGAUGUGUUGAAGCGUGCCAAUCAGUGGACCGGUGAAUUCUUGCUGGCGAUUAUGCUGAUCGUGGUGCAUUUACAUGGUGUCCUCGUUUGCGUUGAUGUCCAAUCAAAAGUUAUCGUUGGCUGGAGGUUUAUACAAGCAGAGAGCAGAACACAUCAAUCAUUCGUCGAACAUCCCACUAGCUAUAGCUAAUGUCGACAGGCACAGGGCUGCCUCUGCAGCAGUUCUAGAUGCCAAGAUCAAUAAAAAUACCAUGGAUAUGCCAAAUGGCGAGCCCAACGCACUUAUACAAACUAACAUUGUAUUCUUCAUGCGCCCUGUGACUGAACAAGUGAGCUGGGAUCCACCUGCUUGCGUUUGUGCAAUUUACCUCCGUACGGAGGGAGAGAGGGGAGACGUUAAUAUUGAUAGGGACUAUUAUACGCUUGGCAGCGUAGAUGAUUCGCAUGUUCUAGCUUCGUUACUCAAGCCCUGGUUGCGUGAGCUAUGGGACAUAUUGAUGCCUGAAGAGAUGUACGACGAUUAA